AUGGUUGUUAGAUCAUUAAUAUAUGGCGUUAUUGAUAGAGUCCCUGUGGUCAAUAACAUCAAUAGAUUUAUACAAGAACGACUGCAAGUAUCAGACAUAUCAAGUACCAGCUCCUCAGAAUCAAAUAGUGACAUUGAAUCAGAUGAUGCAACCGAAGAUGAAUAUUUACAAGAAGUUGUACUUCCUCAAUCACCAAAACAAAAGAUCCAUGCAAAGAUUAUUAAGAAUAGGAUAGCUUCACCACCGUUGGAGUCACAAUCAUCGGAACGAGGUGAGCUCAAUAUAUUGUUUGACUCACCAACAAAGACAAAAGUGGGUGCAAUUGAUAGGAGUCAUAUCAAGCCUGUUUCUGCUAGAUUAUCCAAACGCAAAAUCGAAAAAGUUGCAAAGAUUGAAACUCCUGAUUUAGAUAAUCUUACAAGUCCAACUUUGGUUAAUGAAAGUGAUCUGGUAUCAACGCCAAAACAGAAUGGAUUUGCAUCAUUUGGUGACCAGCAAAGUGGAUCAGCCAAAGAAGGUAAGAGAUAUCAUGUUGAACAAUAUAUGAAUGAUCAAAAUAACAAAUUUAACGAAUUGAUCACCAAUAAUAUUGGUGCUGUAUUAAGAGAAGAUGAGGAUGAGGAAGAACAAGAGAAUAUUGUGUUCAAUUAUAAUAAAGAUUUGAAUCCUGGUGUGGCUUUAUUAUCAAUGGUUUAUGAUAAUCGUAAGGCUAUUGCAUCUUCAGUAUACAAGUAUGGUAAACAGCAAGUAAGUUCCAGGUUACCAUACAUUCCAUUCAUCAACCCCAAAAAUGAGAUAUCUCAAGAUGAAACUAAUGAGUACCUAGUGGGAAACAAACAAGAAAGUUUAUCAAGUCCAUUUGCAUCACCAAUCCUUGGAAAAGCAUUGAUGACACUUGACAAUUCAAAAGCAGUUACGAAAAUGAAACAGGAUGAAGAGAUUAGUGUUGAUUUGAGUCAACAGAAUAUCAUAGAUCAAAGAAAAUUCGAUCAAUUAAUGACCAAUCUAGAUGAUGAAGUUAAAAUUGACAUCUUUUUGGAUUCAUUGGAUGAAAAGACUAAAAUUAACUUGCUACAUCUGUUGCGCAAAGAUUUAAACAUGUACAACCAACAGGAUACUACUUUAUCGCCGCAAUCAGCAGUUCAAAAUCUAUACUACAAUGAAAAUAUCUCAACUAUAGACAAGAUUCAAAUAUUCAUCAUUAUAUCUGUCAAAUUGUUCAUCACUGGUAUUAAGUUAUUCAUCCCCAUAACCAAAUAUUUAUUAUACAAGUUUCAACAAAAUCAAAUGUACAUCUUCAAUGCUAAAAAUAUGCAAAACAUUUUCAAUUUUUUAAUCAAAUUUAUGAAUUAUCUUGAUUUGAAAUUAAAUGAUAAUGAACAAUUAAUUGAUCAACUAUCAAAACAAGAUUAUGUUAAAACUGAGGAAAAUAUUGAAGAAAUGUUUAAUGAUUUCAAUAAGAGGACAAAAAUGUAUUUCAAACCAAAAUAUUUCAAAGAGAAAUUUAUUGCCAAAGAUGACUACGUUAAACGAGGAAUGUAUGAUUUGGUUAUGAGAAAUAUGCUUAGUGAUGAAGAAGAGGACGAGGGCAAAGCAGUAAAGAGAUAUGAAGAAGAUCCUAAUUAUGCCAUGUAUUUCACUGGUAAAUCAAUUGAUUCGUCAGCUAGAGAAAGUGAAACUGGAAGUUUUAUUGACGAAGAAGAUGAAGUGGAUUGUUAUGAUGAAGAGGAAGACGAGGAUGAGGAGAGUGACGCUUAUGCUACUGCAACCAGUAAACGAUCUAGCUCGUUUUCAGAUGCUAGUAGAAAAUCUAGUUUUUCACGUCGAAAGAAAUACAUGAGGUACUGA